AUGGGCUCGACAUCACCGAUCCCGCCACCCUGUGACACCAUAGGCGGCACAUACAUCCCCCCGUCCGUCGACCGCCCCGCCAUCCUCUCCGGCGCAUCGCACACGCACUUCUCCCCGGUGCCGCCGUCCCUGCAACCCAACGACAGCCACCCUGAAGGCCGACCAUGUUUCCUAGGAGUGGACGAGGCCGGUCGCGGCCCCGUCCUGGGCCCCAUGGUAUAUGGGGUCUUCUACGUGCCGGAGGAGGACGAGGACUCCCUAUUGCGCACCAAGUACCACUUUGACGACUCCAAGGUUCUCAAGGCCGAUGUCCGAUCGUCGCUGAUGCGCACUCUCUGCGCCCCAGAGGCAGAAGGGGCGGCAGAAGGCACGGCGGACACGGACCUGAGGGACUCUUGCGGCUGGGCCACGGCCGCCCUCUCUGCCCGCGAUAUAUCAGGCGGCAUGCUCCGGCCCUCGUCGGCGGCGUACAACCUCAACUCGCAGGCCCUGGACGCGACGGUCGAGUUGAUCCGCGGCGUGUAUGCGCGCGGCGUCAACGUGAAGCACAUCUACGUCGACACCGUGGGCCCCCCCGCCGCCCACCAGGCCCGUCUGCAGCGCUUCUUCCCCCAGGCACGCAUCACUGUCACCAAGAAGGCCGACAGCUUGUUCCCCUGUGUCAGCGCCGCCUCCGUCUGCGCAAAGGUCACGCGUGACGCCGCCCUCGAGGUCCUACACCAGGCCGUCCACGCAGUCAGUCAGGUUGAGCACGGAGCUGGGCACGGAGCUGGGCACGGAGCCGACGACGUACCCAUGGCUUGGGGGUCGGGUUACCCCUCUGAUGCGCGGUGCGUAUCGUGGCUGAAGUUGAAUAUGCACCCGUUCUUCGGGUGGGGCCCGGAGUGUCGCUUCAGCUGGGGCACCGCCCGCGACAUGAUCGAGUCUGCCAAGUCGGGGAGUAACACUGUCAAGGUCGACUGGCCGGUUGAUGAUGAUGAGGACGAGCAGACAAUCAGGAUGACGGAUUACUUUGCUGCGCCUGGUGCUAGCCCAAAGGACUCUGAUGAGGAUGGCGUAGGUGCCUGGUUUGGCACCUCGACCGGACUCGAGGCCUUCUGA